AUGUUCCUGCACCAGCUCGAUCUGACCACCGCUUUGCGCCCGUCGCUCUUGCCAGAGGAGACGCUUCUGUUCGUGCAAGAUGCCGUGGGACUGUAUGAGGGCAAGUUCAAGAUCCCACAGUACCAGAACGGCCAGGCGUACUUGACCUCACAUCGCACAUGUUAUGUCGACCAUGCUGAACCGCGCAAAAAUUCGGUGGCCAUCUUCCUGAAGGAUAUAGAGAAGCCAGACUUCUAUGCUGGCUUCCUCAAGUCCUCUCCUAAGAUCACCCUCUACCCCAAGCCCGCCAAUCAGCUAUCACGUGGGCUAUCAGCACCCGUUGCUGCACGGAGCCCCUCAUCUGGUUCACCAGAGCGACGAAACAGCCCUGCACCGGCCCCGUCCAUGACCGCGUCUUGGAUCUGCCCUAUAUGCUCUUUCUCGAAUCCAGUACCGUCAAACUUCGAUCCCGCACUUGCGUCACGUACACCGAUACCACCAUGUCUGGCUUGCGGCAUCAAGCCGCCUACAAUGCAUGUCGUGAAAGCAGCCAUAGCAGCCAUCUCAAACAGACCAGCCCCUGGUCCACCGCCGAAGGACAACAAGGAUGGCACCACAGCUUCGACAUCUUCUUCUGGGGGAAUAGUGUCGUGCCCACGCUGUACAUACCAGAACCAUCCCUCGCUAUUGAACUGCGAGAUAUGCGGUGCAUCCUUGACUACUGUGGUAGACAGGCGGCUGGAGCACGUUGCGGAGAUUCGCAGAGCAGAUUCUCCCGGCCCAUCCUUGACCACGCCUAUACAGACUACCAACAUCGAGUGCAUCAAGCUAUCGUUCCGCAGUGGUGGUGAGAAGAUCUUCUACGAGCGUCUCAAGAACGCGUUAGUGCAGCGCAAGUGGCUGCUUCAGAGUGCUCCUCCCAUCCCUAAGCCUCGACCAAAUUCUGGCGCGUUCGACGACAGCUACUCAUCCAAGUCUGGCAAGUCAUCGGCGGAGAUCGAGCGACCCCGAGUAGUGGGUAUCGCCGGUCUCGAGCGUCGUGGGCUUGAGCAGAGGCAGAACAAUGAAGCUAUGAUCGGCAACGCUUUCGAAGAUCUCGAGGCACUGAUGACUUCUGCAAAGGAGAUAAUUGCACUUGCUGAGCAAUUUGCGCAACAGGCAAAUCUGGGGACAAAUGGCAGUUCAGAAGACAACGCUCUAGCGUCGCAGUCAGCAUCUGCACUUGGUCUGAUCACUACAAAAGAUAUGCUUGGAUCGGGUUCAGAAUCACUAUACGUAUCUGAGCUGUCACGAAACCUUGCGGAAUGGCUUACUGAUGACACAAGAGGUGUUUUGCGAAGGGGAGGCGGGAUCAUGACGCUUGUUGACUUAUGGGCCAUGUUCAAUCGCGCAAGAGGUGGCGUGGAAUUAGUCAGUCCGGCGGACUUCGAGAAGGCAGCGCGGAUGUGGGAUACGCUCAAGCUCCCUAUUCGAUUACGACAAUUCAAGAGUGGCCUGCUUGUGGUCCAAGGUCGUGACCGAACAGACGAGAAAACCAUUGCCAGUCUGCUCACCUGGCUGAAGAGCUUACACAACGAGGUGCCAAGUUCAGAUGUGUCAUGGGACUGGCAACUAUAUGGUAGAGGUAUUACUGCGCAAGAGACUGCCGAGAAGUUCGGAUGGAGCGUGGGAGUUGCGAUCGAAGAGCUUGAAAUGGCUGAGGAAGCUGGUGUAUUGUGUCGUGAGCAGAGUCUUGACGGCUUCAGGUUCUGGGAGAACUGGCUCGUCAAAAUGCCUCAUUCUUCUGUCACUGUUUAG